AUGGCGGCCGUCACUAAGUUUGGGUUCGAGUACCAGACUGCCACUAUCAAUGGCGUUGAGUACAACUACAUCCACGCUGAGCCGGCAGGCAAGGUAGUAGGCACAAUCUUCCUCAUCCACGGGUGGCCCGAUAUGUCCCUGGGAUGGCGCAACCAGAUUCCUUACCUCCUGUCUAAGGGCCUCCGGGUCAUUGCUCCGGACAUGAUGGGUUACGGAGGCACUGAUGCUCCUGCCGACGUCAACUACUACACAUUCAAGCGCGCCUCCGAUGACAUCGCCGCCCUCGCCAGCCACCUCGGCCUCUCGCGCAUCAUCCUGGGCGGCCACGACUGGGGCGGAGCGGUCGUCUACCGCGCAGCCCUCUGGCACCCGGAGCUGAUCUCGGCCUUCUUCGUCAUCAGCACCCCCUUCGCACCGCCUCGACUGGCCUACAUCGACCAGGCCACCGCGCUGCCCACGCUGCACUACCAGCUGCAGUUCCGCACCGACGCCGUCCAGGACUACAUUGGCCUCGGCGACAUCCAGAACGCCACCCGCGUCCGCCAGAUCCUCAACACAAUCUACGGCGUCAGGCUGCCCAGCGGCGCAUCAGCCUUCAACUCCAGCGGCGCCGGGUUCGACUUUGACCUUCUCGACGGCGUGACGACGGACACGCCGCUGUUGAGCGAGGAGGAGCUUGACUACUAUGUUGAGAACUAUGCCGGUGGCGACCCCUUUAACAGGACGCUCAACUGGUACCGCACCGGCGAGCUCAACUGGCAAGACGAGCUUGCGCUCAUCCCCAGCAACGCUACCGCGUACACGGCCAAGUACACGCAGCCUGCGCUGUACAUCGGCGGUUCGCUCGACUCGGCACUGCCUCCCAUCUUGUCGACGGGCAUGGAGACGUACUUCGACAGCUUGUCAAGAGGCGAAGUGAACGGUACGCAUUGGGUCAUGUGGGAGAAGCCCGAGGAUGUGAACGGUUAUGUUGGCAACUGGCUGAGCAGCUCAGUAUUGGGAAACUUGAGUCUCGGUGUCAAUGUCACGGCUGGGAGCGCUCUGGCUUUGCUGUGA